CGCAUAUCUCUCAGGCUAGCGCAGCAGAGCCGGGCUGAGCGAGACCAAGUUCUGACUCCUAGAGGAGACAGGUAAGGGCCCCGGAAGGGUCCCGGCUGUCAUCCACACAAUCAUUUUCGUUUUGUCCAUCCGGCUCUGCGGCCUCCUGGGUUGCCUCUAGACGCGGUCCGUUCCUCCCCUUCCCCCGCCCGCAGGCGGCCUUGGUCGCAUGCGUGUUGCCUCGGCUCCGCUCGCUGGUCUAGUCUGGCUGGGCUGGGAGGCGCGCGGCCCGAUGGAGAAGUGAUAAUGCAAUGGCCCAACAAAGAGUCCUCCCCCAGAGCAAAGAGACCCUCCUUCAAUCUUACAACAAGAGGCUGAAGGAUGAUAUCAAGUCAAUAAUGGAUAAUUUCACUGAGAUCAUAAAGACAGCUAAGAUUGAAGAUGAAACUCAGGUGUCCCGGGCAACUCAGGGUGAGCAGGACAAUUAUGAGAUGCAUGUGAGAGCUGCCAAUAUUGUCCGUGCUGGGGAGUCCCUGAUGAAGCUCGUGUCUGACCUCAAGCAAUUUCUCAUCCUCAAUGACUUUCCUUCGGUGAAUGAAGCCAUCGAUCAGCGCAACCAGCAGCUUCGGGGCUUGCAGGAUGAGUGUGACAAGAAGCUCAUUUCCCUGCGGGAUGAGAUUUCCAUUGACUUGUACGAGCUGGAGGAGGAGUAUUACUCGUCCAGGUACAAAUAGGGCUCUGUACUCCAGAAGCUUGUGAAACUGCAUCCUCUUCCUUCUUCAUCCACCUCUCCUAGGGAGCAGGCAGCAGGAGAGCUGGCCAGAUCAGUGGCUUAGCAGGAAGCCUUUGCUCCUUCCUACAGCUGUGCUUCCCAGGGUUACUGGCCUUCCUGAAUUUUGUGGGGUUUUUCUCUGAGACGAUCUCUUACCUGGGAAGCUCUGUGAAGGCCAGUAAAGAUGGCAAUAGUUUCUUCUUGGCCCCCUAAAAUAAAAAUUCAUUUCUUCUUUGGUGACCCAGGUACCCACUUUCUCUGGGGAAGUCAAUAAUGCCAAAGUAAAUGGAGACUGAGCUAUGGGCGUGGGUACUCCUUUGUCCCAGAAUAACUGGUCUCCAGAACAAAGAAAUCUGGACUAACAUAUGGUACCCCACUGUAGGUUUUGAAUAGCUGCUUUUUUGCUCUGGUGAUAUCCCACUGUGAAUGCUCAUAGAAUCUUAAAGUGUCAGAACUGGGAGGGACAGACUUUCAACCUCAUUUAGUACAACCUAUUUAUAGAUUGGAAAACUGAGGCUACAGAGGGAAAGGAGAUGUGACUAAGGAAUAAAAUCUAUGUCUCUUGAGGCCCACACUACACUAACCUGCCUUUAUACAUCAGCCUCUCUGAUGAGGUAAUACAUGCUAAUUCUAUACUGUUUCAAUUGCUACUCUGUUACGCAUUUAAAUUGCUAGUUUUCUCUUUGAUCAUAGGCUGAUUUCUCUCAGCCAACCAGUCUGCACUUGUUUCUCCCAUGUAGGAGAUAGGUGCUCAGGGAACAUAGACCAAUUCUAGCAUUAGCCUGAACUAAAUGGAAUCAGGGAGACAGAUUGGAUUCAGAGUGAAACUGAGAAUAACAGUGGAAAAAUCUCCAAACACACUGCAUUUCAAGGCCCAAUCUAUAUAACUUUAGGAUUAUCUACUUUGAGAAUUCUCUAUAUUACUUAAAAGUCAUAGCAUGUCAGAACUGGAAAGGGCCUUAAAGACAUCUAGCUGAGGGAUUCUUUACUUUUUUGGGGGGUCAUGGAUCCCCCUGGCAGUCUAAUGAAGCCUGUGUACACCUCAGAAUAAUGUUUUCAAACAAUAGAAGGAAAUGCUAAAUUCUAGUUUGGGAUUAGUGAAGAUAAAGAUGUAAAUUUUAUCCUACUCAAGUUCAUUGGGGGGGGCCUCCCCUGAAAUACUUCCACAGUUAAUGGACUCCAGGUUAAGGCCCUUUUCCACUCCCCCCCCCCCCCUCCCAUCCCCCCCCCCCCCCCCCAACACACACACAUACUAUCUGGCUUAAUCUUAUUUUACUGAGGCCAAGGGAGAAAAUAUGAAUUGUUUCUCUGUGCCCAGUAGACGAAAAGCUGAUGAAUCUUCAGAAUUAUCUCUAGGUGGUUUUAUGCCUUCUUUCCCCCUUUGGACCUACUAGUGCCUUUAAAAUGCUCACUUUUGCACCAAAGAGGCUUGUGAACUUGUUUGGAGAGGGCCUCAGGCCAGAUCUGGCCAUGGAUUUAAAAUGUAUAGUUGAACCUCCUUAUGACUUAUUUUCCUGAAGAGGCUCAGUUUUGUCCCACCUCUUAAUUGCCCUGAACUAUUGUAAAUACUGGAAAUGUGAAGUGAGAAGUUUAGCCCUUUUGGAGCCAGAGAUCAUUUGGCAAAAGGCACCACAGCUGUCAUCCCAUGCCAAGCUUUUUAUUCCACCUAUUCCUGUCUCUCUUGAAUUCUCAGCAUCCUUGCCUGGUUUUAAUCCUUUCACCUGGUUCCCCUGAUGGAAGGGGCUCUCCCAAUAGGAUGCUCUCUGUCCUUAUUUCUCCCAGAUGCUUUCUGUUGUACAGGCUUUGUGCAGGUGAAAUUCCUACAUUGAACUCCUGAGAGUAGAGAAGAUGCUUUUCCUCUGUGGGAAGAACUCCAUGACCUGGAAUAGGGGAUUCAGAGGACCAUGAAAUCACAGACUCAUAGAAUGCCUGAGCUAGAAGGGACCUUUAGAACAUGGAAUGUCUCCCUCAUUUCACACGUGAGGAAACUGGCCCCCAGAGAAGUAACUGACUCAUAUAGCGAGUGAGCGGCAGGACCCAGCCUGGAAUCCAGGUCUCCAGACUCGUAGACCAGGGUUCUUUCUGUUGCUCGUCUUCAUAUUAAUCGUUCAGUCAGAUUUACCAUCCCUUUUCCCCAUAUUCACCAUACUACCCAGUAAGAUGACCUCAGCUCAAAUUCCCAAGUGCUUUAAACCUGUGAAAUCCUCCAUGACCUCCCCCAUGAAGUAGGUAAAUGCCUCAAAUCUGUUCCUGCAAAUCCCAGAGUGCCUUAAUGUUGUGGUGGUUGGGGUGGUGGUGGUAAGCGUAAGCUUGGGCUAAGUGGGAUAAUCCUCUGUUGUAAGUGAUGUCCUACCAUGUACCCUGUGUGUAGGGCCCUUCACAGCAAUUCUAAGGGGGUAGAUUGAUGAUGAUGAUGAUUUUGAAACUGUCAGUUGUGUCUUCAUCCUGUUAAGUAUUUGAAAUUUAUCCUUCUCUAUCCAAUUCUAUUCCCCUGACCCUGUUCCCAUGUAAAUAAAAGUUUUUGCUGUAAGCAAACUGGGACACCAA